GAAAGGGAGUCCCGGAGCCUUCGGGCGGGGGCUGGAGGCCGUCCCAGCUCGGACGGCCAGCCCCGGGGGCGGAGGGGAGGGGCCGUGAGUCCCUAUUUGUGCCCGCGCUGGACGGUGCCCAGCUCAGAGCCGCGAGUCCCUGGUCCGUGGCCGCCGAGGUUGCCUCCGCCUCCGCUCCCGUAGGCCCCCACCCGCUCCCCGCUCCCAUGCUCGCCCAGCAGCAGCGGCUGCCCGGCCGGGCCGGCCCGACGGCCGUGCUGCUCGUGGCGCUGCUGCCCGCGGUAGCGCAGGCCUUCUCGGGCGUCUGGCGGCCGCUCGAGCCGGAGCGCCCGCAGACGUGGCGGCGGCUGGCCGUGGCGCCCUCCACCCCCAAGUUCCAGCAGGCCGCCCGGGCUGCCCUGCACUACUUCAACUACCGCGCGGCCUCGCCCAGCACCUUCCGGAGCCUGAAACAAGUGCGCAGCGGCUCCGUCUGGGUUAAUGCAAAAAAAGGACAGAAAUUUGACCUGGAGCUGACUAUAGAAAACCACAAGCCAAAGUCAAAUGACGAGCGUCUGGGCACAUGUUCUGCUGUAGUGAUCUUCAAGAAUCAUAAACCCAAACCCACCGUCAACAUAACCUGCACACGACUACUAGCCAAGAAGGAAAGAGAGCAAGAGGAUUAUGAACUAUACAAGCAAAUGAAGCAGCUGAAAAGACCCCCUGAGGGGAUCAAAAUCCCAGGCAAUGAUGGCUACAUUGACCCAUCUCUUCAGCCCAUGUGGGACUUAGCCAUGGUUGGCAGCUCUUACGUGAUGUGGGAGAAGACAUCACUGUCGUUAUACUACUAUACGAUGCAGCUUACUGGGGUGAAGCAAUGGGUAACAAGUGGUGAUUUUAUCAAUUUCAGCUACACCAUCCUACUCCACGAAUUCUCCACCCAGGAGAUCAUUCCCUGCCAGAUUCAUCUGCUCUGGUAUCCUGGCAAACCCCUCAAAAUACGGUAUCAUUGUCAAGACCUGGGGACACAAGAGGAAGUUUCUGGGAACGGCGAAGGCUCGGCAGAGACCUCCACAGAGAUCCUUAGUAACUUCUGAAAGACGGAAUGCCUCCUUUUGACACUUAUACCAAAUCAAAAUGACUAUACUCAAUGGCUUCAGCUGCUACCCUGGACCAUAGCUGACUAGAAUCAACUUCAGGGAUUCUGGAGAUGUAGGCAAUACAGUGAUUAAAUAGUCAAUAUUCAGAAAAGCCCACAGUAUUUUUUUUAAAUUAAUGCCUAGGAGCAUGUGCCUGAUUCCAGUAACUCAUGAGUGCACUUAACUCCACUCAGAGCUAUUCGGGGGCUAACGGAAUAUCAGGACUGACUAAGCCCUAAAAUACUACAUAUAAACCAAGAAUGAAUUAAGAGCUUUGAAGAGUAUGCUCUUCAGACUGAAUUUUCUCUUCUCAAAAGCUUGUACCUAAUAUUACUUUUUAAACUAUAGCUGAUUCUCUCACACCACUCAAAUCUCAGAGUGUCCAUGCUAGUAAGGAAAUAAAGAUAAUAUAUUUCAGUAAAAGCAAACUGAAAGGGAAAUAUGAAACUUACUUAAGACAAAGUUUAUGAUUUUUAAGGUUUCUGGAAGAAUGAUUUCUUCUUUAGCCUGAGAACUCACAAUGAAAUAAAUAUGCUUACAUUUCUGAAUAAGCCAGUCGACUUUGUCA